AUGGGUUCUAAAUUGACCAGGCAGAGUAGUCUGGACCAAAUAGAAACCACAUUUUCCAAGAGGAGACGCCAGCGGCAUGACAGCUCCAGAGAAACCGAGAGGAGUGGAGGCAAUGGUGGCGGAGAGUUCUUGUUUACAUCCCUGAUGCUAAAGUCCGACAAGCUUCCAGGGAUGCUGCGAAAAACCAACCACAGCCCCUACGUGAGACGGGUGGCGUGGAUCCGGGAAAUACAGAAGCUUAUCCGAGAAGAGAAACAAGAACAAGCAGUCGAAGUGCUCAAAUUGCUAAGAAAGGACUUGGGACUCCAGGGAACAUCCCUUAAUGAUAUCCUCUAUAAGAACGCAGCCUUUCUCAACCUGGUGGAUCCGAUCUCCCAUGAGCUCCUGCUCAGCCUGGCCAAAGACAUGCAGUGCCCAAAGAGGGAGAAGGACACCCUGAAGUCGUCCGACAAGAUCUGCAGACAGCUGAUAUUCCAUCUGACCCCUCACUCCAAGUGGAUGAGACAGAGCGUGCCCAGGAGGAAGUCGCAGGCCUGUCUUAAAACCACACUGAAGAAGAAACUGACCAACGAUGUGGUCAACCUGUCUGGCAUCCCUCUGUCUGGCCGAGACGUCCACCGGGUGGCCUACUACCUCCGAAGUAAUGGCGACUCUGUGUCGGCCGUGGACCUCAGCUUCACCGAGCUGCAGGACGAGAGCCUGCGCCUGCUGCUACCCAACCUGGGCUCCAUGCCCAAACUCACCACCCUGGCCAUCAACGGCAACCGUCUGACGGUGGGCGUGCUGAAGGACCUGACGGAGAUGGUGAAGAACCCCCUGCAGUUCCCCAGCUUGGCCUGGGUGGACCUGGGAAACAACGUGGACAUCUUCACCGUGCCACAGCCUCUCCUAGUGGCCCUGCGCAGACGCUUUGGCCUCCGGAGCAGCCUGCCCACAAUCUAUGAGUACAGUGAGGUGCAGGCCUAUAGUAGUUAUACCCUGGAGACCUCUAUUGAAGAACCCAGCCUGUAUGAAGAGGAGGAGGGGGGAAAGAGGGAGGAGGAGGAGGGGGAAGAGGAUGAGGAUAAGCUGGAGCUGGAGGCGUGGGGUGUUGGGGAGAAGCUUGGGGGGAAGGUUGUAUCCACGAAUGUGGCUCUGCACUACUGUGAGAGGUGA